UUAUAAUCAUUCAAUCGUAAAGAUAACAAAUUUACCUCAGUUUGUCAGACAACAAAAUAGGUUUAUUUGUACUAAAAUUGCCAACUAAAAAUGAAGGUUUUAUUAAUUCUUUUGGCCCUGGGUUUGACAAGAGUCUAUGGUUUUCGUACCAUCAUCGAUAAAGACGGUGUCCCGUUGUGCGUUUGUCCCAGAAUUUAUUCUCCAGUUUGUGCCAGCAAUGGAAAAACUUAUGGAAAUGAUUGUUUGGUGCGAUGCGAAUCUGACCAACUACAAAGUCGAGGAUUGAGAAGUUUAAGAAUUUUGAGACAUGAAGCUUGCGAAGAAGAUCCUUUGCUUAACAAAUUGGGUGAAAUUAUAAAUGAAGAUGAUCUUGAAAGGGAAAUCAUUGGACAGAAUCCUAUCGAGUAUUAGUUUAAGUUUAUUUUACCUUUAUAUUUUAUUAUAAGAUUAAUAUAAUUUUUGUUCAACUAUCAUUGUAUAGAUAUUUUUAUUUAAUUCUAGAAGAAUUUUGUAGGUAAAAUUGGAAAAAAAAUCUCUGCAGAUGAUUUAGUAUACUUAGGUACCAUUCAAAAAAGCUAUAUUGAUUUGUUGGUGAGACUUGUAGAAAACUUCCAAAAAAUUAUCUGAGUACUACCUACCUGGAUGGAUUGAAAUAUAUGAAAUUUUCAGGGAAUAUAUUUGAGGCUUAGACAUAAAACAUGCUAGAAAUUCAAAUCAAGUUACAAGAUUUUUAAAAAUGAACAUUUGGUCAUCUAUAUCAAAU